AUGGCAUUCAAAGGAGCCUCGCAGUGCAGCGUCACCGACUCAGAAAUCAACGUCCUCAGUCGCGGAAGCGUCCAAGUCAACUAUCGCAAGAACGUUCUCCACAAUCAUACCAGUGUCGUUCAAGACCCUCUUACCAACCUUCUCGAUUCCUGCAAGUUGGAGGCAACACACGAGUCUGCGAGCGCUGCACGCGAGCCCAAGUGUAUAGCAGGAACACGCGACGAGGUUAUCACCGAUGUCCUGAAGUGGGCCGUCAACCCCUAUUCGAAGCGUAUGCUGUACUUCCAUGGUCCCGCCGGAGCGGGAAAGACCUGCAUCCAGCGAGAAGUGGCAGAUCGCCUUCACGAAAAGAACGCGCUCGGAGGUUCCUACUUCUUCUCGUCGCGCGGGCUGGAUGAAGGGCGUCCGGUGGUCGCAACACUUGUGUACCAGGUCAUGGAAUUGGUCCCGGCGUGUCAUUUGGAGGAUCGAGAGAACCUCCUCACGAUCCUUCCCGUCCUCAUAACCGACAAACGUAUCCCGUUUCGCGUUAUCAUUUCAACUCGACCUGAACGUGACAUACGGGUGGCGUUUGAGGGGGAGCCGUUGAAGCCCCUCACCCGUACGAUACGAUUGGGCGAUUACGAUGGCACUCCCGACAUUGGCGAAUACCUACAGGUCGGAUUUGCAGGAAUUCGCGCGACACACCCUUGGCGGAGUUCCAUUCCCCGACGGUGGCCACCAGCGAAAGAUCUCGAGUACUUGGUCUUCAAGUCAUCCUCCCAGUUCAUCAUCGCCUCCACGGUCAUCAAGUACGUCGCCAAAUCGGACAACGAUCCCGUCGAGUCGCUUCGAAGAAUUCUCUAUCAUCCAGCCAUCCAUUCCAACAAAGAGAACCCCUUCGAAUUCGUCGACAAUCUGUACACAGCGAUCCUUCAGGCUUCGAAUCCAACUGCGCUCACCAAACGUCUCUUGCACGUUAUCAUGGUCGCUGAAGCGCCGACUUCAAGCCCCCGAAAUGAGUCUUUCACGCUUCACGACUUCCUUGGUUUACGACAGGGUGCGGCAGAUGCCGCUUUGUGCGACCUGCACUCCCUUGUCAAUGUUCCAGACCAACCAUCAGGCUGCAAUGCGCCUCCUAUCCCUCGAUUCUAUCACAAAAGCCUCGAGGAUUAUCUAUCAACACCUGCUCGCUGCGGAGAUCUAUACCAAUCUCGAAAGAGGACAAACACGUACCUCGCCGAGCGCUGCGUGCAUCAUCUGGAGGAGUGGGGACGUGGUGAUAAGGUUCGCAAUUCAUCCUUGGUCGCAUACUCACGGGAAUUCUGGGAGGUGUACACACAGCGGGCGUUGCCUCCCCCGCCCCCUCCGGGAAAGACUCGGAAGCGCAGGCGCCAUACCGCAGAGAACAAUAGCUCGGAUUAUACUGUCAGGCCUUCGUCUCGACCUCUGGCCUCCCUCCCACCUGCCCUGAAAUCCUUCGACCCGACUCUGAUUGUGCACCAUACCUUCGUCCACCCUCCACGGCUGUACGAUCCUUUCCGACCUUCUUUCGCUCUUCAGGGCCUCCUCGAUACUCGAAAGGCUGUGCAUCACAGCUUGUGCACCAGCUCCUCGUGUUCAGCCCUCUGUGCCAAGCUUCUCCAAAUCGAAGGAGCCCUGCCUGCAAUCGUCUCGUUCUUCUCGAGCGUCAAACUGUCGGCUACGGUCGCUGAACGUGUGGCGCUCCUUCCGCAGCUGGAUGAAUUACUUCAGCCCAAGCCGAAGGAAACGUUGGAGGUCUUCUCAGAGGAAGAGAGCUCUUCUCCAGUGGAUUCGGGGUCCACUUCCGACGAGACCAUAGCGCAAGUUCUGAAGAAACCUGCGAAGCGCAAGCGCAGCUCCCACAUGUUGCAAUUCAAGAAAUUGAAGAUUGGGUCGAAGUGA